GUCAGAUCAGUUGUACCGACAGCUUCAUAUCCCUGUGCUGUGGUCGCUCAGCUCUGAUUUGACUGAGAAGAGCUGGUAACACGACACUGAGAGAGAAGCACACUGAGCUGUCAGUCCGUCUGAGGAAGGAAUGACAAGCUGUGGAGCCCUGGACAGGUUCAGGAGGUGUGGUUCAUCUUGCUCAUGCAAUACCAGUAUCAUGGCAGCCUUCAAGGGUGUGUGGACUCAGGAAUUCUGGCGAGCUGUUUCAGGGGAGUUUUUAGCCAUGAUAAUAUUCGUACUGCUCAGUUUGGGCUCCACCAUCAACUGGGCAGCAACACAGGAGAAGCCUCCGCCCGCUGACCUUGUCCUGAUCUCUCUUUGCUUUGGAUUAUCCAUUGCAACCCUCGUCCAGUGUUUUGGGCACAUCAGCGGUGCCCACAUCAAUCCGGCCGUCACCACAGCGAUGGUUGCUACACGGAAGCUGAGUCUGGCAAAGGGUGCGUUUUAUUUGUUGGCACAGUGUCUGGGGGCAGUGGUGGGGGCGGCCAUCUUGUACGGAGUGACACCAGCAUCAGUCAGAGGAGGAAUGGGAGUGACUUCUGUCAAUGCUGAAAUCUCCACUGGUCAUGCAAUUGUGAUAGAGCUCAUAAUCACUUUUGAGCUUGUCUUCACUGUCUUUGCCACCUGUGACCCCAAACGCAGUGAUCUCAAAGGUUCAGCAGCACUGGCUAUUGGUCUGUCGGUGUGCAUCGGCCAUCUGUUUGCUAUCCCAUACACUGGAGCCAGUAUGAAUCCAGCUCGCUCUUUUGGGCCUGCAGUCAUCAUGGAAAAAUGGCAGGACCACUGGGUGUACUGGGUUGGCCCUUUAAUAGGGGGCAUCCUGGCUGCAGCUGUGUACGAAUAUCUAUUCUGUCCUGACCCUGACCUGAAGCACCGCUAUGCUGACGUCCUCUCCAAAAGCCCCUUCCAAAUCGACACGUAUCGGGUUGUGGACACAGAUUCGUACCCCAGCGAUCAAGCUCAGUUCAUGGCCAAGCAGGCAGCAUUCAGAGUGCUGGACCUGGAGAGGGCAGAGAAGAAAGAGAGGGAGCUGGCUGGAGAGGUGCUGUCGUCGGUAUGACUAGUGAGAGGCACUGAGGAGGAACAGCACAACACUUACAACAUUAAUGAGCUCAAAGAGACAGAUCUGAUCUAGAGUCACACUGUGCUUUUGUGUACAGAGCCUCUACUGAAUGACUCACAACACUUGACUUUAAUCAUUAAUGAGCUAUGAACCACCUAAUGGUCUCGCUUAAAACGCUCUUCCUUGUAUGCCAGUCACAGGCCAUAAACCUUGUAUCCAAUAGAAUCCACUUUGAAGAUUUUAGUCAGUCGAUGAACAUCCUUUAGCAGAUGUACCUCAUCGACUUCUGAAUCAGUAACUAAGUGGGAUUCUCACAUCUAAGCAAAUGUAACACUUUUGUUUGGUCCACGGAUUAUUACCUGGCAAUCAGGGUUGAGAUUAGAUCAUUACCAUAGUAAUGCAGAUCAUUUUCCUUCUCAGUGCACUCUCUAUGAAUUAACCCUUUCAGUCCUCAUGUUCUCCCUUUUAAAUCUAAUGUUGUAUUCUAUAGUAAGUUUUUUGUUUGUUUGUUUCUUUAAGGUUACUAAUUAUAUUUCUUUGAAUGUUGCUGUCAGAAAUCUGUGCAAAAGUGCAACCCCUGAAUGAGUUUUAUUUUCAGUUUGAACCGAUAAUGCAUGAUUUAUCCACUUAUAAUUUUACUUGCCAUUUUCCCCUUUUAAAUCUGAUGUUUCAGAUUUGAUAAUGUUAUGUCUUUGAAUGUUUCUAUCAAACAAUUGCA